UGACGUCCUGGACAAGGGAAAACAGGUAAUUGGUUGACACCAGUCCUAAUGCUGGUAGCAAGGUGUUCUGGUGUUGGGAGGGUCUGCACGCCCGUCCGAUCCGCUCAGUGGUCGUGAAUAUCGUUGCGUAAAUCGUUUAUUUGUCUUCUAGCACUUAUCGGCAAUCGCCAAGUCGCUGAAUGGGCCAGUUGGCCAGUGACUUCAGGAGUUUGGCAGAAAUUGAAAAUGUUUCAUUCUUCGGACGUUCUGCUAGUGGCUGUUUGUGCAUGGCUGACAGUGUGUCUCCAGUUUGCUGCUGUGUUGGCGCAAAGUAGCUCGCAACCAGGGACGCUACCGACUAACUCGGUACCACCAGCCACAACACCGUCCUCGUUCGCAUUUCCUAGUUUUCCAGAAUUGUCCCUGGCCUCGUCGCAAUCUGCUCCCCGCAAUGAGUCACGUGUUGAUCUAUGUAUCGACUCAAAUCCUCCCAGUCCUGCGGCUCUCAACUGCACCUACCUGAAAGAAUUGAAUGGAACGAAGCUGCCAUACCCGUUGCCUCACUGCACAACGGGGACUGUGUUCUCGGAUUUGUUGAUAUUCGCUAACAUCACGACAGCUGUGAGCUACCUACAAGCACUAAACAAGACCUAUUCAGCAGUCAAUGUCCUCCUUAUGCCUGGCUCUCAUCCAAUCGGUGACGUCAUCAAGCUGGAGAAUGUUAGCAAUGUAAACCUAUGUGGUGUGUCCAGAAACCAAACAGGCAGUGCUGUACCUGGAGGAGCUGAAGGGACCAGUGGAAAUGCUGGUGGUGCUGGUGAUCGUACAUGCCUAGUGAUGGGUACAGGUCAUGCCGCCGAUGUUGGACUAGUUUUUCUAAGAGUCAAUAGUAUCCGCCUUGACAAUAUCCAGUUUGCUUACAGUGGACACAUGAGGGCAAUGGUGCAGUUGGUGGAAUGUCUUACACCCGCUGUCAACAACUGUGUGUUCAGGAACAACCGAGCUACUCCAUUGGCUAUCUACAAGAGUAGUUCCGUCUUUAUAACAGACACUGUGUUUGAGAACAAUAUUGCUGUUGCCAGUUAUGUGCAUGGCAGCUCAUGGCUUAUUGCUACAGCUGGCUUGGGUCUCUAUAUCAACGGGAGCAAUUCGGCGGAUGAUCCUGCUACAUAUUACCUUCGUAACAUCCGGUUUGAGAACAACCAAGCCACCCCGCACAGCAGUACUACAGCUAAUGACUAUGGACAAACACAGUCCUCAGCCCCACCAGCACUACCAGAAUGCUCUGGAGACGAGUGUGGACUAAGCAUACCAAGCGAUGGUGGAGCCAUGAGAAUCACCAUUGUUGCGCAAGCUCAAAAUGCUUUUGUUCAAGUUGUCAACUCACAGUUCGUAAAUAAUUCUGCCACCAAUGGCGGAGCAGUGUUCAUUGAGCAACAGCGUUACAUUCACUCCUCACUAGUAGCAUUCAUUGAGUGUGUCUUUGAGAGAAACUUAGCAUUCGGCAGCGUAGCUGUUGGCUUGGCGGGGGAUUGUGGAGCUAUAGGCAUACUGUCGUUGAUGACAAAGUUCAAUCAACGCGUCGUCAACGGUGAAUCUCGGGACUUUGAAGAUGUUAACUAUGUGGUGCUCUCGUCCGUCUUUCAUCACAACACGGCGCAGCGCAAUGGUGGAGGUUUGUGUUUGGUACGGCUUUGUGAUUUUGACUGGGAAGUGACCGAAACGAGCGAGGCAAGAAGCAGGUUUGGAGGAGCAUGGCUGCUUGUUCGAAACGUCACGUUCUAUUCCAACAUUGCCGGCGAAAAUGGAGCUGGCUUGUAUGCACUGGGGUCUAUCCUUGAUGGCGUUCAACCUCCGACGGUUCUUAUGGAUGAUGUGUUAUUUGAAAACAAUAUCAUCCAAGCAUCUGGUGUUGGUGCACUCUUUGCUGUUAAGACUACCGUGUUGAUACGAUCUAGUGGAAUCAGAAUGAUAGGCAACAACGGUAGUGCUAUGUACUUGCAGAGUUCAUUGGUCAUUCUCAGCUCCAGUGACAACAUGAACAAUACUAGGUUCAUCAAUAAUACAGGUAUCGAUGGUGGUGCUAUUUUCCUGGUGCAACCUGCUCAAAUUGUACUCGAUGCUAAUACAUCCCUUCUAUUCGAGGGUAACCGUGCAACAGACAAGGGUGGAGCAGUGUUUCUGCAAGCACAGGCCAGCACCGAUAGCAAGGAUGCACAUCUACUGAACAAACAUUGUUUUCUACAAACUAACUUUGACAUACACUCGAUGCCACGCUCAUCUUGGGAGAUAUCGCUAUAUUUCGAGAACAACCAGGCAUCCAAUGGAGGGGCUGCUGCUUACCUUUCCAGUGUAGUACAGUGCGUGUGCAUACAUGAAUCAUGUCUACCACCUGACAUGAAUACAACCAACUUCAACAUGUCCGGGGAUCUACCUACUCCGGAAUCAUUCCCCUUCCUCAGUCUCAUCAGAUUCCGAAACAACUCCAUUAGGGCGGGUGUGAACGGAAUAGACAAUUCUCCUUACGUUGCCAUCGGCACUGACCCAGCCGCUGUCAAAGUGAAGACAACAGAUCUGAGAAUCGCACCAGGAGCAUUCUUUUCCUUGGAUAUUCUAGUAACAGAUCAGUUUCACAUACCAAGUUGGGCUGUGCUAAAGCUUGUGGACAUCACACCGGGAUUACCACCAGAAUGUAAACUGAAAUUCCGGCCAUCUCAAUUUCAGGUCAAUCAGCUUGGUGCCAAUACAACGGUACCUAUCGAUUCGUUGGUGAAAUUUUCCUUCGUCGCUCCUAAUCUGCACGUCUAUAGAGGUGUAGCAAUGCGUGUGGCAAGGGACAGUACGGAUGUGCAUUGUCAGGUACAACGCAUCAUCUCUGUAGUGGGAUUAACAGAUUCCACUCCGUUCUCCGCAGACUUCAGCUUAACUGUUGCAAGUUGUCCACCAGGGUUCACCUACAACAAAGAUGAAAUGAAGUGUUUAUGUCGUACACGUGAAAGUCGUAUUAUCCAGUGCAAUGAUACAGACCAGACAGUGGUUGUUCAGCAAGGAUCAUGGGGUGAAGUUUUAGGUGAAGACAGAACCCUCAUUCUCUACCCGUGCCCGGCUCAUUUCUUAUCACCUUGUCACACUGACAGUACGAAAGCAUUGACAGGAUGUCCAUUUCCAGUCAACACUUCACAGCAAUGUAGCGCGAACCGAACAGGUUCAACACUUUGUGGCCAAUGUAAGCCAGGGUUUGGAUUGGCAUUCCAAGCAUACAACUGCAUAGAGUGUGAUCAACACUACAUUGCAAGACUGAUGUGGAUUGUUUUCAUUGUCCUGGUUAUAGCAUGUGUGAUUGUCCGCUACAACCUACGCAUCGGCCCAAAGAUUCGUGGCGUUCUGUUUGCUCUGCAGAAUAUUUCGUUCUACCUUUUUGAGCUGCCCAGUAACAGAAUCUAUGAGAUGGGUCUCUACAUCUCCUCAAUCACGAAUCUCAACUUUGCCUUUGGGCUAUGCGUACUAAAGCAGCUUGAUGCUUUGGAGAGUACCUUUGCGGGAUACACGGCUCCUCUCAUUGUCUCUCUCGUUCUGUUAGCAGCCUACUUUGCAAGUUCACAAGGUUGGAUGAAAUCGCUGUCCCAUGAGUCAAGACUAAAUGGAUUUCUGACUCUGAUGUUUCUUGCAUAUCAGAGCUUGGCAUUCACCUCACUGUUCCUCUUGUACUGCCAGCCGGUAACUACCAACUUGACUCUGUCUAACAGCUCCAGUGAAUACGUAGUCACCAGUGAGCUUACGACUCAGGUGUUCUUCCUGGAUGGGACAAUUAAAUGCUGGCAAGGAAAGCAUCUCAUCUUUGGCAUCAUUGCCAUCCUCAUCCUUGCAUUCUUGGUGUUGCCAGUACCAAUUAUUACAUUUCUUGUAGCAAUUGGAAAGGCACCAACAAGGUUGCGUCCAUUCCAAGAUGUCUUGAUUCUGGGCCAUGGCUUUCAACCAAGGAAAGCAUGGUGGUUUUCUGUUGACCUUCUACGGCGCCUCUUUGUCUCUCUUCUCUUCAUAUUCAUCACUGACUACAAAAUCAGAGUGGUGUCACUGGAAUUGGCCGCACUGUUUCUAUUGACAAUACAUCUCUACACGCAACCCUAUAUAGAACGUUUAGCUAAUGUAGCGGAAGCUCUGGCACUGCUUGAUCUUGCACUCGUUGGAUCACUGACUAUUCAACAAGAUGAGAGAAACACACCGACAGCUGUCUUCAUCACGUUUAUCCUCCUUCCCGUGGCCUACAUGCUGAUAUAUAUCUCUCUGACACUCUGGUCUUCCUUUAAGCAAUGGAAGAAACAGAAGAACAAAGCUAAACAAGGUCUGUUGGAUGAAAUAGAUGGUGACUCUGAUACAGCCGGCGGCGUAGUUUCUCGAGAUAGUGCUUCACUUGGCUAUGCUAGACCUGUGCUACGCAAGUUGCAUGCAGCAAGUGACGUCACUGGUCCAUAUGCAGCUGUACGCGCAAGCGCUAUCGCCAGGCUACCCGACAGUGAUGACCCAGAUUCAGCUGCACAAAGAUCUGAUAACACACCCACACACAUCAACAGUGGUACUGGCAACAGUGGCGCUGGCAGCAAUGGUGGCGGCAACUCUACAAGUCACAGCCUGCGUAGGAGUUCAAAGUCUCGGCGUACGUCUUGGCGCCGUAAAGGCAAACCACCAGCCAAUGGGAUGACAGCAGAUGCUGGAUCAAGGGAUGAAUUUCUGUCAAUGAGUGUUGAUGUGGAUUCUAAAAGAGAGCAUCUGUCAUCGAAAAAUGUCGGAACAAAUACAUGUAGUUCAAGGGUGUCCAUGGAGGAUAGAGGGGAUCGGCAUGAACUCCGUCAAGUAAGAAGGCAAUUAAAAACACCACUCCUGGGACAACAGACACAUACAUAUGCAACACCUCCUUCACAUUCUUCAGGCGACAGUGACUAACGUUAAGGUUAUGUUGAUAGCGUCAGUGUUCACUGUUACAACCAGUCAUUCAGCUAGUGCCUCCUCCUCAUACUGGAUACAUGUAGUUCAAAAUGCUAGCGCUUCAUACUGGAUGUGUAGUGCAUUACGCUAGCGCUUCACACUGGAUGCAUUCUUAGUGUGUGCCAAACAGCCUAUCAACAAUAGCAGCAAGGGGAGGACUUCAUAACCGUCCUCAAAUGAAUGCAGGAUUGCGAACGCCUUUUACGCUAGAGCCUGAGCUUCACUAGUAGUAUCCUUGAUCACCUUUUUAUCCUUUCGCUAUAUGUAGUCCUAGCCAGAUACAAAACAAAUUAUUAAUUUUCACAAAGUACUUCUUUGAUAGAAUAUAAAUGGAGUUGGCAUGUGCGUCCAUCACAGCAUGCACUUGAUGAAACUGAUACUGUAAGGAGAAGUAAAGGCAUUCGGGAUAUCCUCUUAUCAACAUAACUAAGAUUAAAUUUCAAGUUUUUGUGGUUCUAGGUGUUUAGUUGAGCAUGAAUCAUACUUUUCUGGGUGAGCAGAGUCCGCACCGCAGCUUGAAUCGUAAUAUUAUUAUUUGAGAACAGGAAUGUUUUAACUACUUACUGAAAUACAUGUACUACUUACUCAAUCUGCGGACAGCAUGCUGUUUCGUUCUUUGUGAACUCCUCAGCGCAGCACAGAGAAACUACUUCUGUGCUCUGAGACUAACAUACUAUAGUCAUGUAUAGUGAUAGUGCUGUUACUCAUGCUCCACUUGCCGCUGCAUUCUAUGAUCUAGCCAUGCUGCUGCCUAUCUGCGAGGUAAUCUGUAAAAUAAUAUCACCCGUCA